AAACCCCUCUCCCGUCUUCUCCAUUUUCUCAACCCCAUUAACCACUUUCCUCUUUUCUUCUUUCUCUGUCUCUCUCUCUCUGAGCCCUGAUUCUCAGCUGGGUAUUUCUUAUAAACAGCUGAAAACUUCUUUCCUACACAAUUUCCCAUCUGUGUAUUCUUUGUUAUUCACUUUUCUUGGUCCCAAAACAAAAAUAACAUAAAAGAAAAAGAAAAAAAAACAGUGUAUACUUAUGGCAGAGGAAACUAGACCAAACCCAGCAGGAACGGUUCGAGUUGUUCAAACUAGUAGUAGUAAUAGUACCACUAUUAUCGAAGAAAAUAAUCGAGAAGAUCAUCAAGGGAGGCCAAAGCUACCAAACUUUCUCUUAUCAGUUCGACUCAAAUAUGUUAAGCUUGGAUACCAUUACCUAAUCACAAACGCCAUGUACAUCUUACUCAUACCACUCAUAGCAAUAUCCUCAGCACACGUGUCAACCCUCACGUACCUAGACUUAGUCAAACUAUGGAACCACCUCAAAUUCAACCUCAUUUGGGUCACCCUAUGCUCGAGCCUCAUAGUCUUUCUAGCCACCUUUUACUUCAUGACUCGACCCAGAAAGGUCUACUUGGUCAACUUCGCAUGUUACAAGCCUGAGCCGGAGAGAACAUGCACGAGGGAGAUUUUUAUGGAAAGGUCAGAGCGGAUCGGUUCCUUUGCCACUGAGAACUUGGCUUUUCAGAAGAAGAUUUUGGAAAGGUCUGGUUUGGGACAGAAGACUUACAUGCCCGAAGCCUUGUUGAGGUUGCCACCGAACCCUUCUAUGGAGGAGGCUAGGAAGGAAGCCGAGGCUGUCAUGUUCGGAGCCAUUGAUGAGCUCUUGGAGAAGACUGGUGUUAAGGCUAAGGAUAUUGGGAUUCUUGUUGUGAAUUGUAGCUUGUUCAAUCCAACGCCGUCUUUGUCAGCCAUGAUUGUGAAUCAUUACAAGCUUAGAGGGAAUAUUAUGAGCUAUAAUCUUGGUGGGAUGGGUUGUAGUGCUGGCCUUAUCUCCAUCGACCUUGCCAAACAGCUUCUCCAGGUACAUCCAAACUCGUAUGCUCUAGUGGUGAGCAUGGAGAACAUAACCCUAAACUGGUACUUCGGCAACGACCGCUCCAUGCUAGUCUCCAACUGCCUCUUCCGCAUGGGCGGCGCCGCCGUGCUCCUCUCAAACCGCUCCUCAGACCGCCGCCGCUCCAAGUACCAACUCAUCCACACCGUCCGUACACACAAAGGCGCAGACGACAAGUCGUACAGCUGCGUGUUCCAAAAGGAGGACGACACCAAAAAGAUCGGCGUUUCACUCUCCAAAGACCUCAUGGCGGUGGCCGGAGAGGCUCUGAAAACCAACAUCACCACCCUCGGGCCUCUGGUCCUCCCCAUGUCCGAACAACUCCUGUUCUUCAUGACCUUGGUCGGAAGAAAGAUCUUCAAGAUGAAGAUCAAGCCGUAUAUACCAGAUUUCAAGCUGGCUUUCGAACACUUCUGUAUCCAUGCAGGUGGGAGGGCUGUCUUGGACGAGUUGGAGAAGAACCUUGAACUCAGUGAGUGGCACAUGGAGCCAUCUCGGAUGACUCUGUACAGAUUUGGGAACACUUCGAGUAGUUCGUUGUGGUACGAGUUGGCUUACUCUGAGGCCAAAGGGAGAAUCAGAAAAGGUGACCGGACAUGGCAGAUUGCUUUCGGAUCAGGGUUUAAGUGUAACAGUGCUGUUUGGAAAGCUCUGAGGACCGUUGAUCCUAUCAAGGAGAAGAAUCCUUGGGUUGAUGAGAUUCAUGAGUUUCCUGUUGAUGUUCCUAAAGUCGUUUCUAUUAAAUCUUCUUCUUAAUUAAAUACAAAUAUUACAUAUAAUUACCCUCCAUUAUAUGGGGGAUUAAUUAAUGAAGAUUAUAUGUGUCAUUCUUAUAUGUUAGAUAGAGUUGGAGGUGUUACUUUUGUGUAAUAUAGUCAUCACGCAUGAUCGAUCAUAUCCUUGAUUGAUCAAGUUAAUGUUAUAUUUCAUUCAAGGAGAAGAAAAAAAAAGAAGUAUAUUGACUUGUUUUUAUUAAAUUUUAAUAGAAAAAUGUUGGUGAUACAAAUUACAAAUA